AUGGCAUCAGUCCCACAUCUGGGGGUCAAUCCACGAGGACUGGUCCCCCAUGGCCGGUGGCAGAUGGAUAUCACCCAUUUCCCUGCCUUUGAUGCUGCUAAAAAUUCUGAGAACCUUGCUCUUCUGACACCAAUCGCCAGCGGUCUGGGUCCUCACCGUAACAACCCACACCAACCCUCUAACCAGACAUGGAUGGUCCUCAAUGCACGUGGUGAUGUAGUCUGGAGCUGGUCCCACACCUCCUUCAGCAGACAACUCCUGAUGGCCCGACCUACCUAUGUUAUCCUCAGAGAAGUGGGGAGGAAAAGGAGCCCUGACUGGGCAGAGAGUAGCUGGGACUCAAGGGCCUCCUCAGACGACUACCUCAAGCACUGCUACCUGGCUUCCCCCGGGAGAAAAGUUCGGAAAUACAAAGUCAUUUCUGUGGACCUAACUAGCAGCAGACUCCAAAGUGUGAACCAACAGAACAGCAGCACAGUGACAGAGUUCGUCCUCGUGGGCUUUGAGCAGAGCUCCCCUUCCACACGGGCAUUGCUCUUCACCCUCUUCUUGGCACUCUACAGCCUCACCAUGGCCAUGAAUGGCCUCAUCCUCUUCAUCACCUGGACUGACCCCAGACUCAACAGCCCCAUGUACUUCUUCCUUGGACACCUGUCUUUCCUGGACAUCUGCUUCAUCACCACCACCAUCCCACAGAUGUUGAUCCAUCUGGUGACCAAGAACCACACAGUCUCCUUUGCCUCCUGUAUGACCCAGAUGUAUCUGGUUUUUGGUGUGGGUGUGGCUGAGUGCAUCCUCUUGGCUUUCAUGGCCUAUGAUCGUUAUGUUGCAAUCUGCCACCCACUGAACUAUGCCCAGAUCAUGAGCCAUCAGGUGUGUGCCAGGUUGGUGCUGACUUCCUGGAUCUUUGGGAUGGUCAAUGGCAUCCUUCUCAAUUACAUGACAUUUAGAGGUCCUUUCUGCAGAGAAAACCACAUAGAAAACUUCUUCUGUGAGGCCCCCAUAGUGAUUGCCCUCUCCUGCGGGGACCCCCAGUUCAGCCUGAAGGUGAUCUUUCUUGAUGCCAUUGUGGUGCUGCUCAGCCCCAUGGUGCUCAUUGUCACCUCCUAUGCCCGCAUCCUGGCCUCCAUCCUUAGCAGAGCCUCCUCCUCAGGUAGAGGGAAGACAUUCUCCACUUGUGCCUCCCACCUGACUGUGGUCGUCUUUUUCUACACCUCAGCCAUGUUCUCUUACAUGAAUCCCCGCAGUACACAUGGACCUGACAAAGACAAGCCUUUCUCCCUGCUCUACACUAUCAUCACCCCCAUGUGCAACCCCAUCAUCUACAGCUUCCGCAACAAGGAAAUGACGGGGGCCAUGGGGAGGGCCCUUGGGAGAACCAACCUGGCUCAGGCAGAGUCUGUCUAG